UUGGGGUGAAACACUUAGUGAAAUUAAACGAAGUCGACAAAGUUAACGUAAAUUGAAAAAUAUCACCUACAUGAGCCAUACGUAACGCGAAAAUUAACGGCCGUUACCUUACGAAGGAGUGAAAGUUCGCACAACGACGGUAUUGUGAUUUCCGAAAAGUUGUACUUUUGGGAAUGGCAGUAUUCGCGCUAAUCGUACCCUUGCAGCCACCCAGACCAAUCGACAACACGAUUUAAAAUCGAGAUCUAGAUGUCUAGAUAAUCCGUAUCGACUACCAAGUGGGACACUCCAAGUCGUCGUCUCCUAUGUAUGAAGGAAUCGAUCGAGAACCAACGUUUGCGGUGUGAUAAGAUAAAUAGAAACCGAUAAAGAAACCGUGUUUUGUGACUGCCUCGUGAUACAGACUCUCUGACGAGAUAUGUCCAUUUUGGACCAGAGCCGUGGUCUUCCCCAUCUCCCCGUAUUGCCACCAGGAGGACCGCCUAUGCUGCCGCCGCAUCCCAUGGAGGGCCCCCCCAGCUCUGACGUCCUGUUGGCACUGCUGGCCAGGAACAAGGCGCUGGAAGCUACCAUACCAAAAUGCGGUGGAUGUCAUGAACUUAUACUAGACAGAUUUAUAUUAAAAGUAGCAGAUAGAACAUGGCACGCCAAAUGUCUUCAAUGCAGCGAAUGCAGGAUACAGUUGACAGAUAAAUGUUUUGCAAGGAAUGGACAGCUAUUUUGUAAGGAAGACUUUUUUAAUGGGUGCAGACGAUUCGGCACGAAGUGUGCAAGUUGUGACCUCGGCAUACCUCCAACGCAGGUCGUGAGGAGGGCCCAAGACAGCGUUUAUCAUUUGCAGUGCUUCUCGUGCAUCAUCUGCUCCAGACAGCUGAAUACGGGGGAUGAAUUCUACCUGAUGGAGGACAGAAAACUGGUCUGCAAACCCGACUAUGAGGCAGCUAAGUCAAAGGCUGCCGAAUGUUUGGAUGGGGAUCAACCAAAUAAAAGGCCUCGCACGACAAUAACCGCCAAACAAUUAGAAACAUUAAAAAACGCCUACAACAACAGUCCGAAACCUGCCAGACACGUUAGAGAGCAACUUAGUCAAGACACAGGCUUAGAUAUGCGAGUAGUACAAGUAUGGUUUCAAAAUAGGAGAGCAAAGGAAAAAAGACUCAAGAAGGAUGCAGGUAGGACGAGAUGGAGUCAGUAUUUCCGUUCGAUGAAAGGAGGGUCUUCACCAAGACAUGACAAGCUCAUCGACAAGGAUGAUAUGAAGGUUGACUUGGAUAGCUUUAGUCACCAUGAUCUCAGUGAUGACAGUUAUGGAACGGUAGUAAAUAUGGGUAUGGACCAAGAUGGGUCUUCACCUCAUAGUGUCAUAGGAAGGCCGUCAUUCCUACAUGGCGGAUCAUCACCUUCAUACCUACCUGGCCAUACACCACCACAUGGACAUGAACACUUCCCCUAUCCUGAUCAACUAUCAGUUUACACAGGAAUUGGUCAGGGUCCACCUGCCGGAAUGAACCUAUCGCACAACUUACCUUUGGGAGCAGACACAGAUCUGAGCAACGACAGCAGCCCCAGAGGCUAUCCAGACUUCCCCCCAAGCCCUGACUCGUGGUUAGGAGAACCGUCCAGUGCCCAUUACUGACCCCCUCGAACAAAGAUAAGACCACCGAAGAACACAGGAGUGGUCGUUAUGUUGACACUCGUAUAUCUAAAGUCAUAUUUAUGUGUCAUUUUUCGUGUUGGUCUCGCUACAGUCAAUUUCAAGUAACUGGUCACGUACAAAUGAGAUGUUCGGUUGGAUGUUGGAAAACUGAUGUUUUAAAUUCGGUAAAUACCGGAUUUGUGUAUUUCUGCUGAUGACAUUGAUCCAAUCGGCGAAAGGGAGAUAAUUUUACGAGAAUAACUUUCAAACAGGUUCUAUAGGCUCAUUUUCACGAUGACAGUACUCCCACGACAGUACUGUAGUGAUAGUUUCCUUCAUAGUGAUAGUCACCAUA